ACUAUUGACUAUAGUGUUUAAAAAUUCAAGUGAUUACAUAUUAAUACACCAAUGUCAUUAUCAAAAAUUACUCUUUUCGCAUUAGCAACACUAGCCGUAAUUUCAACACUUGUUGCGAAACUUCAAAAUAUUGUUAAUGUUGAUAAUGAACUUGAAUAUGAUGAUAUUAAACGUGAAUUUCAAGAUGAUUUAUAUCCAGAUUCUCGACGUCACCAUUUGAUGUGGUUUUUACAAAUAUCUGAUCUUCAUUUAAGUAUUUUUCAAGAUCAAAGUCGUGGCUCUGAUUUGAAGAAAUUUUGUACUGAAACUGUGUCUGUAAUACAACCUUCAGUUGUUCUUGCAACAGGCGAUUUAGUUGAUGCAAGGACUCAUGAUAUGUUAGGUUCACGUCAGUAUAUUGAAGAAUGGCGAAUGUAUCAACAAACUUUAUAUGAAACUGGUGUAACUGUUAAUACUACAUGGCUGGAUAUUAGAGGCAAUCAUGAUAAUUUUAAUGUCCUGUCUUUGGAUGAUAAAAAUGAUCUUUUUAGGAAAUUCUCUGCCCAAGGUAAUAAGUAUAGAAGAUCAUACAGUUAUACACUGCAUCAUGACACUGAAGUCUAUGAUUUUAUUGGAAUUGAUGCAUGUAUGAAUCCUGGACCAAAGCGACCUUUUAAUUUUCUGGGAGUUAUUCAAAAGGAUGAAUAUGCACAUAUACAGAAGCUAGCAAGUGAAGCAAAAGGAAAUAUGACUAUUUGGUUUGGACAUUACCCAACUUCCACUAUUGUGGCUCCCAAUCCAGGUGUUAGGGAACUCAUGAGAUCAAGAGGUCCUUACCUUUGUGGUCAUCUUCAUACACUUGGUGGUAUGGUUCCUGAAAUGUAUACCUUGCAGUCAACAGGAAAUUUGGAAUUGGAAUUAGCAGACUGGAAAGAAAAUAGGAAAUACCGUAUCUGUGCAGUGGACCAUGGGAUUUUCUCAUUCAUAGAUCAUUACUUGGAUGACUGGCCGUUAUUGCUAGUAACUAAUCCUAAAGAUGCACUGAUGGCCAUGCCAACUAUUGAACCUCUGCAUCGGAUUUUAAAGUCUACUCAUAUAAGAGUUCUUAUUUUCUCACCACAUGGAAUUGAAAUAGCUAAAGUAAAAAUUGAUGAUGGUAGCUGGAGUGAAUUGAAAUCCUUUGAUCCUCCUCUGUUUGUUGCAAAAUGGGAACCUUUGAAGUACAUGGAAGGCUUACAUAAAAUGACACUCUAUGCCAAAGAUAAAAAUGGUAAUGAAAAAACUGUCAACCAUCAUUUUUCACUGGAUGGAACAAGAUCCAAAUUUCCUCUUGGUGCUAGGCUAGUACUUAUGGGUCACAUAUCAGCGGGGCAGGCCAUAUUCGGUGUCACUUUAUUAUUGACACUUUUACCCUUAUGUGUUCUUAGGAUCUGUUUGUGUUUUGGAAAAGGAGACAUAAUCAAAGCAAAAUCUGAGCAUAAUGUUUUCCGAAGAUUGGUUUUCAAGUUAAGUCUUUUGGCUAGUGUAGAGUAUGUGUUUUGGCCUGUGGUUAUAGGGGCUUUAUAUAUGGCUAUAGGCCCGUGGUUUUUUGGCUACAUUAUUGAUGGCCAUAUUGGAGUAUGUUUUGUUUGGGGUAUUUUUCUUGCAGGAACAUUUCUUCCAGGUGGAUUAACAUUCUUUGCAGGAACUGCAUAUCUUCUUUCAUUUUAUAUACCAUUUAUUCUGUGCCUUUCACAUUGUCUGUACCACCACUACAAAAGCACGAUAGAUGGAAGACCUAAGCCGUGUAGUUUUUUCUUUUAUAUGUGCCGUCACUUUUUUAUGUUGUUAUUUAUCUCAUGGCAGACACUUUGUGCCAUAGUUUAUUAUUAUUCAUAUGGCACACUGGCUUUAUUUUUUGGAUUUACACACUCUUGGUCAAUUGUGAUGGCAGUAGUUAUGUGGCGGAUUGUGGUCACUCUGCCUGAGUCUAAAUUAUAUGGUAUAAGUCAUUCUAAUCCAAGGCAAAUUGUUGGCACACCAUUACUUACAAGUGAACGUGGCAGCAAUAAAAGAGAUUUGCCACUUGAAGAUCCUACAAGUCCCAGCUGAUUUAUAAUUUGUUAAUAUUUAUUAUUUAUAAAUAUUAAUCACAUUCCCUUAGCAUCUUUCUAAAUUCUAUAUUAUAAUUUUUUUAACAUUCAAUUAUUGAUUUUAUUUUGAUUUUAAUUUAAUAACCUACAUAUCUAUUUUUUUUUUUUUUUUUUUUUUUUUUUUAAAUAUUCUGGUGAGAUAAAGACUGAUGGGAAUGUGAGUAGGUAAUUGCUUGAAAACAUUUUCAGUAUAUGAUGUUUGUUAUUUAUGAAUAAAAUUCAAACAUUCAUUUCUUCCCCCCUUUUUUUUGUAAAUCCAAUUGGUGAAAUCAAUAAAAAAAUUUGGGGAGCAUAUUUAAUUAACUUAUUUUUUAUGUUAAUAAAAUUUUAUGUUUGUGAAAGUUUUUAAAUAUUAAUUAAUGUAUUUGCUUUUAUGCCACCCCAUACCUUUAUAGAAUUUUAUCAUUGGUUUUGUAUUAUGCAAUUGUUUUACUUGUUUUUUUUAGCAACUGUGAUUUUUGUUAGUUAUGUUAUGCUUUAUUUAAAUUAUUCUAUCUUUCUCUAUAUGUGUAUACAUGAAGAUACUUAAUUAGAACUGAUGUAUGUUUGUAUAUAAUUGGCAUUGGAGGCAGAUGCACAAUUAUGUAAUAGCAUAUUUUAUAUCUUAUACAGGUAUAAUUCUCUUUGUAAUUUAUCUAUACAAUUUGAUUUAAUAAUGGCAUUCACUGGUACCUGUUCCAAACUUAGUCUGGCAGAAUUUAUAAAUAACUUUUCCCUGUUACUCUUGUUCAUCAAUCAUCUGAGUUAUUCUGUAAGCUAGAAAAUCAUUUACUAAGAUAUAAUUGUUUUCAUAUGUAUAUAUGUAAAUAUAUAUUGUAACAAAAAGGUAUAUAAAUUCUGAAUAGAUGAGCAAGAAUAUUGUUGAAAAUAUGUGUAGAUUUGUAUAAUGUAUAGAGGAACAAUUAGUCUGUGAAAUUAUUUUAUGAUAAAAUGCUUAAUGAAAGUGAUAAAAUACAUUAAAGGAAUGAUUAUAAAGGGCACUAAAAUAUUCAAAAAUUUUAAUUUUUAAGGUGAUAUUCAAAAAGUUUAAAAGCCAAUUUAUAGUUUUAAUUUCACAGUAUAGAAAUUAACUAUUAUAUGAAUUGUCUGUAUUAAAUGUCUAUGUCCUGCAAAUGUUUCUUGAUACUUCAAGAUUAAUACUUCUUUAUACUACAUCUUUGCAUAACAAUCAAAAAUAAAUUUUAUUAACCCCUUAACUGCCGCGGGCGUAUAUAUACGCCUUGCUCAGCCGAUGCGUUAACUUUGCGAAUAAUUUUAGGUGUAGCAGCGCAAAGCAAAUGAUAGCAGUUUGGAAGGACGUAUAUAUACGCCUGGGGCAGUUAACGCAUCGGCUGAGCAAGGCGUAUAUAUACGCCCGCGGCAGUUAAGGGGUUAAUUACAUCUUAACUGAGUGUUUGUAUUGUAAUGUUAGGAGUGACACAGGGAAUUUUCUUGUAUAUUAUAAUAAUAUAAUGCACACUUUUAUAUACAAAAUGUUCUAAUUAUUCUUUAUGUCUCAAAUUACUACUUAUUGGUAAUACUAUGCCAAAAAAUAUAAUUUAUUGAAACUAAUAUAGCUUCUCAUCUUUCCCUUGAAAACUCGUGAAUUUUUAAAAGUAUAUAAAGGAAACAGUUUCUUAAACAAUUGAUUAUUCUCAGAAUCUUAGAAAAAUAUGUAACAAUGGAUUGUGUAAUUAAUAUGAUGUUUCUCUGAGGGUUAUCAUUAAAAUAGCCUAUAGAAACAUGCUCAAGAUAUACCAUCCAAUAAAUGCCGCACAGUAUUUAAAGCUUUUUUUAUUCACCAUUUUAAAACUUAUCAAAUUUAUUUCUUUUCUAUUAAUUUUUGUAUUUCUUAUUCCUAAUGAAAAUGGAAAAUUUUGAUUAAAUUUUAUAUGUCUGAAAUUUAUUUCAUCAGAAUGGGAAAAAUGCAGCUGUCUUUUUUGAAAAAAGUUUGCUAUUUAUUAUCUCACAACACUAGGAAAUAUAUUUUCAAAUGAAGGUUUCUCUGAUUAUUUACUUUUUACUUUUCCUAAAUUAAUUAUAGAUACAAUAAAACUUCAAUUAUCUGGAUCACUUUCUCUUUUUUUUAAAGGCAAAAUAAAAUUAAAAUUAUUAUGUGUGUUUAUUUUUUUCAUUGAUUUAGGUGAUAUAAAAUAUGUUUUAAAAUUCUGUUAAAUUAUUUUAAAUCAUAGCCUAUUGCCAUUGAUAGGCUUUAUAUUUGAUAAAUAUAUAUAUAAUCUAUAAAUCCUAAAACAGUUAAUGUAUUUCACACAGAUAUAUUAUUCUUUAUUUACUUCACAGUCAUUGCUACAUGCAUAAUUUUAUUAUUUUAUGCCAGUGGAAGUUAAUGACCGUGUUUAAUUUUAAUUGAAUAGAAGUAACUUAUGUGUUUCCCCCUCCCUUACAACUAAAAUUAAAUUUUUAUUUAACUUUAAUGUACUAAAAAUAAGCACAAGAUUGCAUACUAAAUUUUAAAUCCUGUAUAAAUAAAAAUUGAAUUUAUUACUUUAUUUACUCUUUUUUUAAACACUAUAUGCUUUCCUUCAGAUAAAAUAUGAUUAGGAAAAGUAGACUUCUUUCAUAUCGGUUACAGUAAAUACAUAGUAUUUGGCCUACAGAAAACAAAAUUAUUCAAUUAUCUAGAUUUCUUAAAUAUAUUAGUGAGCUAUGGCCGUGUUUAGUUUGGAUAUUCGAAGUUCAUUUCUGUAAUUUACUUAGCAAUAUAAAAAUAAUUAAAAAUAUUAAUAACGAGGUAUUUUUUAUAUUCUUAACAUAAAAUGGCAUUAUUAAACUUAAAUUGAAAAAACGUUAUGUAUUUUGAAACACUGUAUAUGUACGAGUCAUGUAAAAUGAAUGGUAAAAUUACAUUUUUUAAAACUCUUUUAUCCAUUUUACCUUUUUUAAAUAUUGGCAAUGUUUAUAUCUAUAAAAUUCUGUAUGUUAUUACUACAUCUAUAAUUAAAAGAAAUAUAUCUGUAGUUUUUCAGUGUCAUGUUACAACAUCAAUAUUUGUAAUACUAUAUAGAUAGAAAUGAAGCUUGCUAAGAUAAGCUUUAAAAUCAAGUAAAAUGCAACUGUAGUUUGGCAUUUAUUUUCAAGGUUUACACGUGUAAAGGUGUAAUGAGUUGAGUUUUUUUACUUUGCUCUCAAAAUUGUUCAUUUGACACUAUUUAUUGUACAAAAUUGAAAGUUAAAGGUAAAAGGAGGAAACAUGUACAUAUAAAAUAAGUUCUGAAAUGCGUUUUGUUAGGUUUAGAGAUAAAAGUUGUUAAUAUUGUGAUGAAUCUCAAAGGCUUCAAAGAAAAUAAGUUUAUAGUUUUAAGGAUUUUUUCAAGUAAUUUUAACAGAAAUUAAAGUAGGGUUUUGAAAUAUAUUAGAGAUUUCUUUUUAAAUAUAAUAUUUAGUUUUGCCUAAUUUGUAAUAAAAAUCCACAAUUUGUUAUGUUUUUUUUUACUUUAUUUUAAUAUAAUUGCAUUUUAUACUAUAUCAAGCUAGCACUAAUGCUAUCUUAUAUACAGAAUUCUGUUAAUUUUAUAAAAUUGUAAUUCAGUUUGAAUCUUAACAAAUUAUUGAAGGAUGAUCAUGCUAUUGUGUAUUAUAUUUAUUGCAUUCAAGCAACCAUAAGUUUCAAACAUUUCAAUACAUAAUUUUAUGGAUUCUUACUAUCGUCAUCAUCAUUAUUACAACAGGUCAUAUGUAAAAAAAUACUCAUUCUAAGGUUAGGUUAAGUUAUUUAAAUAUGACAAAGCAUAUGAGGGCUAUCUGUCUAAGGGGAGGGAUGCUUUCGAGGAGGAAUUUCUGAGAGAAACUGGUUUAUAUUUAUACAUGGGGAGACACACCACAGAAGCCAACCUUACAGCUAUUCUAUUUGCCUGGGAUCGAAAUUCCAGCAUUCAGCAGUGUUGACCAUUCGACCUUUGAUAGGAUUGCUCAUUUUAAAAUUAUUGUACCAUUCAAUGUGGAGAUAGUGAUAUUUAUUACCUUCCAAAAUAUCAUGUAUAGCAGAAAAAAACAUGAGGGGGCAUAUGCAAAUAUUAUUUCCCAUGUGAUUAAAGUUUUUAUGCACUUUGUCUGUAUUUUUUUUUAUUCAGGUUUAUUUAUAUAUGUAUGACAAAUGACCUGUUGCAAUAACCAGAAUGCUAUAAUUUUCAUGAAAUUUGAUAAUUUUUAACUAGCUAUCCAUUCAGUUAUUUAUAGUGGUUUAUUUUAAAAUAUUUUAUCAAGUAUUUGAUAAAAUAUUUUUAAAUACUGUAUAUUUAAAUAUACCAUUUUUUGUGAAAAAAUUAAACAAAAUUCAGCUUUGGAAAGAUUGGUGAAAAAUGAUUUCUUUGAAAUAUUUAUUUCAAAUCAUGAAAGGAACUACUAGAAGUUGUAGAUCAACACCUAUGCAUGCCUGAGAGAGAGUUUCAUUGCUACUUUAAGUUAAUUGAGAUAAAUAAAUUUAAUUGCAUCUUCAUUAGAUCAUAUGGCAUUUGAUUUAUCAAUCAAAGAUAAGAAGAUUGAAUUUAAGGAUCUAUUUUCUAAGUUCUGGGUAACUGGGGGGGGGGAAGAAAGAAGUUUGUAUUCCAUGGCAAAAAAAAGCUAUACACAUUCUUUUACCAUUUACUACAACAUAUAUGUGAGAACGAGAUUUCUCUUUUUGCUUACUGUCAAGAAUUUAGAAAUCUUCAUUGAAAAGUCUUGAUCCUAAAUUGCUUGUAGCUCUUUCACUGAUAGACCUAAUUUAAAAACGUUGUGUUAAUGGAAAUAACCCAAGUAUCUCAUCAAAGUUUUAUUAUAUGUAUUAACUGCAACAAAAGAGGAUCACAGAUAUUUAUAUUAAUGCUUAAAAUAAACAUUUAUAUUAAUAAUAAAUAUCUAUAAUUAAUAUAAAAUAAAUAUUUAUAUUAAUGCUUAAAAUAAAAUGCCAUAUGAUCUAAUGAAGAUGCAAGUGGAUUUUGUCAUUAAAUUAUUAAUAUUAGCAUGUUUAUACAUAGUCAGUAUUUCUUUUAUAUAGAAUCUAAUGAAGAUGCAAGUGGAUUUUGUCAUUAAAUUAUUAAUAUUAGCAUAUUUAUACAUAGUCAGUAUUUCUUUUAUAUAGAAUUAAUUUUACUUCAAAUUUUUCACACUGUAAUUUUGUGAAAUAGGUGUUCUAAAAAUUUAAUCCAUGUUUCACUUCAGACAAUCUGACAAUUUAUUUUGUUGAUGCAAUAUAAAAACUGUGUCAAAUAUCAAUCACUGAGGGCAUAUGAAUUAGGUAUUUUCAUUCCAUUUGUUUCAUUAUUUCAUGCUAACAACCGCAUAAGAAAAUUUAUCUGAAAUGAAUGUCUAGCUGGAAUAUUUAUAUAUUAUAUAUGCAUAAACAUUCCAUGCAAAAAUAUUUGAAAGAAAGAUGUUAUUAAUUGAAUCCUUAUUAUAAUACAAGGAAUUUAUCAUGUUAAUAGAAAAUGCUACUUUAUAGUGUAUCAUGAAAAUAUUUAUUCUCGUGAGAUAUGCCCCGAAAGUGUUUAGCUUGUAAGAUGUGUCAUGACGGGAAUUGGAUAUUAAUUGUCAGAUGAAUGUGGAUUUAAUAACAUUUUAUGGACAUUUAUCAUAAAAAUUUGAAAUGUUACAAUGGAGUUUCUGCAUAGAUCUUAUUAUCAGUUAUUAUCUGUUAGAGAUGGUAUAAAAAUAAAUUCACAUUCAUAUACUUGUAGAUUCUAAAGAAGCAUAAUAUGGAAAUUGUUGUAAUAUAAAA